AAUAAAAUCCAUAACAUGGUUCACCGUUCGAUCGGUUAAGUCACGCGACGAAAGCUCUUGUCACGCCUUAUCUCUGGUGUUCUAUCAGCUGGCGUUGUUGGUCGAUGCGACGAUGAUGAUGGCCAGUCAACAAAGCAAGCCGUUCGCCGAAGUUAGUUCAAGUUUGUUUGUCAAGCCGCGAGCAUCCUCUCUCUACGCGCGUUGUGCCGGUUGCUAUAGUUUCAAGUCUUUCCGAGUCGUUCGCUGCGCCUACUUUGAAAUCCCUCCUGUUGACGUAAACACGGUCUGUCUGCUGCUUGCUACGUUAAACUAGUUGAACGGAGAUUACGGACAAAACACUAUGAAGUGGACAGUUGGGAUUACCGUAGUCCUGGUGGGAUUACUCGGUGCAACCGGAAUCGGGAUUCCAACAUGGUCGCAGAAUUUGCCUCUGCUUCGGUACCUUUACAUGCUGAGGACGGGCAUUUUGUUUGAAGAUUGUGGUACCCAAUACGAUGUCCUCUCGAUUCGGCUAUCCAGUUGUUCCAGUUCGCCAUGCACCAUGCCGCGUGGGACGAAUGUUACCGUAAACGCUGAAUUUACCUCCAACGGUUCACCCACGACGCCAUCGCUCAAGCACGAAGCCUACUACAUCUUGAAUGCCAUCAAGACGAAAGCCACCAUCACGCCUACUACGUGCGAGGGUGUGGCCUGCCCCCUCCAGGGAGACCUGGGCCUACGGUUUAGCGCGUCGAUCUACGUGAAUCCCUCGUUGCCGGCGCUGCGGGGUAAGCUACGCUGGGAGUUGACGAACGACAGCAAGGAGGUUGUGCUUUGCUACCAGAUUCCGAUUUCGAUUAGUUAGUUCGAAAGGGGAAGCUUUCUGGCGCCAUAAAAUCCAAAGCUGGAACGGUUGGUUGAGGCGCCCUCUACUUGUGGUUAUCGGAACCGUUGCUUCAUGAGUUGACGUUGAGACGAUGGUGAUAUUGAGAUUUAUUUGAUUCGGAAAUACGCUUGGUGAAAUGUGAGCUUAUUCUAGUCUUCUUUGGAAAUUAUAAUGUAUACUGAUGUUAU